AUGGCUGCUACUUCCGCACUUGCAAUGUUCUCCCUUGAGGGACAAACCGCUGUGGUGACAGGUGGGACAAGAGGAAUUGGUCAAGCUGCUGCACUCGCGUUAGCUGAAGCCGGGGCCAAUAUUAUUCUGAUACAGCGCGACAAUUCUCAAAUAGAAACCCGGAAGGCAAUUGAAGCCACGGGAAGAAGAGCAACCAUAUUCACUGCAGACCUGUCGUCCCAAGAAGAAGUAGCUGCCCUGACGCCUCAAAUCUUGAAAGACGGACACAAGAUCAAUAUAUUGGUCAACUGUGCUGGAAUUCAGCGUCGACAUCCCAGCGAAAAGUUCCCGGACAGUGAUUGGAAUGAGGUCAUCCAAGUGAACUUGAAUACGGUUUUCACCUUAUGCCGCGAUAUCGGUGCCCAUAUGCUCACUCUCGAGCCGUCACCAACUACCGGUCGCCGUGGUAGUAUCAUCAACUUCGCCAGUCUUCUCUCCUUCCAAGGCGGGCUGACGGUUCCCGCGUAUGCAGCUUCCAAAGGUGCCGUAGCACAGCUUACAAAAGCGUUAUCGAAUGAGUGGACAUCGGAAGGCAUAACCGUAAAUGCAAUUGCACCGGGUUACAUUGCAACAGAGAUGAAUACGGCCUUGUUAGCGGAUGAAGCGAGAUUGAAAAGCAUAAGUGAGAGAAUACCAGCUGGUAGAUGGGGAGUCCCCGAGGAUUUCAAAGGGAGCGUGGUGUAUCUAGCGAGUAAAGCAAGUUCGUAUGUCUCGGGGCAUGUGCUUGUCAUUGAUGGAGGAUGGAUGGGGAGGUAA